AUGGUAAAAAAUGAUGACAUUCCUAAUGAGAAGAAGUUUUUAGAUAUAAAUAUUCAUGUUAAAAAAGCUCCUAGUUAUCAUAUAUUAACUAAGCAAGACUAUAGAGUUGUUGAAUAUUCAGGAUAG